GCACGCCGCGGAGGUGGUCAAUCACGUCUUGUUUUACAGAUCCAGAGGACCGAGGCGCCAGACUACGAGGACCUCCCCAACAUGGCAUCAGAGAGUGGAAAGCUAUGGGGCGGCCGGUUUGUGGGCUCUGUGGACCCCAUUAUGGAGAAGUUCAACUCGUCCAUCGCCUACGACCGGAACCUGUGGGAGGUGGACAUCCAGGGCAGCAAGGCCUACAGCAAGGGCCUGCAGAAGGCGGGGCUCCUCACCAAGGCUGAGAUGGACCGGAUCCUGCAAGGCCUGGACAAGGUGGCUGAGGAGUGGGCCCAGGGCACCUUCAAACUGCACCCCAAUGAUGAGGACAUUCACACUGCAAAUGAACGGCGGCUGAAGGAGCUCAUCGGUGACACUGCAGGGAAGCUGCAUACUGGACGAAGCCGGAACGACCAGGUGGUCACAGACCUCAGGUUGUGGAUGCGACAGACCUGCUCGGCACUGUCUGCCCACCUCCGGGAGCUCAUCCGAAGCAUGGUGGACCGGGCAGAAGCGGAACGGGAUGUCCUCUUCCCAGGUUACACACAUCUGCAGAGGGCCCAGCCCAUCCGCUGGAGCCACUGGAUCCUCAGCCAUGCGGUGGCGCUGACUCGCGACUCGGAGCGGCUACUGGAGGUGCAGAAACGCAUCAAUGUCCUGCCCCUGGGGAGCGGGGCCAUUGCAGGCAACCCUCUGGGUGUGGACCGGGAGCUACUCCGAACAGAACUGAACUUUGGGGCCAUUACCCUCAAUAGCAUGGAUGCCACCAGUGAACGAGACUUUGUGGCUGAGUUCCUGUUCUGGGCAUCAUUAUGCAUGACCCACCUCAGCCGGAUGGCCGAGGAUCUCAUCCUUUACGGCACCAAGGAAUUCAGUUUCGUGCAGCUCUCGGAUGCCUACAGCACCGGCAGCAGCCUGAUGCCCCAGAAGAAAAAUCCAGACAGCCUGGAGCUGAUCCGGAGCAAAGCGGGGCGAGUGUUCGGGCGCGAGGACAAGGAAGCUGUGUUUGAAGUGGCAGACACCAUGAGCGCUGUGCUGCAGGUGACCACUGGUGUCAUCUCAACACUUCAGAUUCACCGUGAGAAUAUGGCGCAUGCGCUGAGCCCUGACAUGCUGGCCACAGACCUUGCCUACUACCUGGUCCGCAAGGGGAUGCCAUUCCGCCAGGCCCACGAGGCCUCUGGCAAAGCUGUGUUCAUGGCUGAGACCAAGGGGGUCGCCCUCAACCAGCUGACCUUGCAGGAGCUACAGACUAUCAGCCCCCUCUUUGCAGGUGACGUGAGCAAGGUGUGGGACUACGGGCACAGCGUGGAGCAGUAUGGUGCCCUGGGUGGCACAGCGCGUUCCAGCGUUGACUGGCAGAUUGGCCAGGUGCGGGCGCUGCUGCGGGCUCAGCAGGCCUAGUCCCCUGCCUCAUCCCAAAUAAAGCCAGAGAGAGGAGGCUGCCACUCAUUUCCUGUCCACCUGUCUCCCCCCAUGGUGGGCUUCCAGGGCCUUGGGCACAGAGAGUGGGGAC